AUGGGAGUCAAGUUGAGCUGGCGACUGUCUUCCCAACCGCUAUCUUCGAUCCGCGAAAAAUGGCAGAUGGCUAGGCCGCCUAGCCGAACUAUGGGCGAUAUAGUAGCUACGCUGGAGAUUUGUUCAUUAUCGCUUAUGGGUAAUGUAAUCAAGUCGGAUAUUGCAACCAACCAAAUGAAUGCCCGAUACGGGCGCGCAAAGGGCACUCCUGCCGUUGGGUUAGACUUCAAGGCGGAGGACACGAUUUCAGACCCCAUGCAAGCUCAAGGUUGGCUUGUCCUCUUCUUAAAGCGGGCAACGCUUUAG